UCAUCCCUCGCUGCCGCACAUUCUAAUAGACCAAACGACAAUGUCUGAUUCUGAAAAUACGAAUUACAUCGAAAACGACUCGGAGGAUAGUUUUCACCCAGAUGAGGAAUCCAGUAGCAACGAUUCAGACGAGCCGAGUGCGUCUUCGAAAAGACCGAAGAACUCGAGGAAAAAAUCUUCAGUCAGCAUUUUCACCUCCACGCCAAGAAAUUCUGCCAGCCAUAGAUUAAGUAAAACACUUCCAAGAAUGCCAUCAUUGGACUCUUCACCACUUGCUGCAGCUCCCCAUAAUUUAACUCCAAAGCUUUCCCCAGGAGAAGAGACUAUUAUGCAGUACCUGAAAAAAAUGGACAGCAAAAUAGACAAAAUUGGAGAAGAAAUUAAAACUCUCAAGGAAGAGAUUGGAACUGGAAUGAAGGGAAAGGGGAAGAAGAGUGAACAAGAGAAUUUUCAUGUUCCUCCCAAAAUAAGAACAGCAGUACAUGAUGCUUACAAGCAACUUGUAGAAGAAGAUGAUUAUGCUGCUUGGCAAACUAAGCUUGGAGACAAUAAGCUAAAAGUUUCUUCGGAGGUAAACAAGGCAACUACACAGGCUGUGAAGCAGUUUGUCAAGGGCCUAUAUCAUGAUGUGCAGGAUGGAAUUUUACAGACUGCUGUACCUCGAUAUUUUGAGUCUGUGGCUCAAAAGGAGCACAAAGAAAAGACAGGAAAAAUUGAGCAGCACAAGGCAAAAAUGCUCCACUACAGCAGGAGAAAGAGGAAAUUGCAAUGGAGAAUGGCAAUGGUGGAGAAAAAGACGGGAUGGGACGAAGCAAAGAAACGCCGCAUCUCAAAUGCUUUAGAGCUAUGCUAUAUGUCAUCAGAGGAGGAAAAUAAUUCUGAUGAUGAAACAUUUCUGAAGACUAAACCACUGAGUUGGAGAUCAGAAGAAUAUACGAAAAUAUUAGAGGAACUGGACACAAAAUAUGAAAGGUCAAUGUCCAACAGAUCAAAACGACAGAUGUUGAAGAGAGUUAAGGGGGAUAUGCCAUCAGUGAGACCAAAACCAAUCGUGAAAAAGGAGCAUGAAUGGGUUUUUGCUCAAUAAAUUUUCAAAAGGGUGGCUCCCAUCACAAUUGUAAUCAUUGUAAAGAUUGUUCUCCUUUAAACAUUUUCUUUCAUUCAUGGAGUAAUUAUUUGUUGUAAUGAAUUUGUUUUUUACACAUUUAUGAAAAUUCUGUGUGAACAGAGAAAUCAUUUUUCUUAAGUGAAAUAUCCGAAUAUCAUGUAAAUUUAUUUCGUUUUUUUUUUACCUGUGUUAACUACUGAUGUUUUUUUUUAGCAUUAUGUAUAAAAGACUUCAAUAUUUUUAGGGCUCUCUUUACACUUUCAAUAAAAAAUAAUUUGGCAUGUGAUAGAAAUCUUGAGUAGGUAAAAUUUAAGAAUUAGGAAAAACAUGCUCUAGAACAAUGAUUUAUUGAAUAAUUAAAAUCACCUUUAGUCACUUAGAAUGGAAAAAUAAAUGCAGACAAGUUGUUCAGUUAUUUAAACUUAGUAAGUUUAAUCAAAUGAAAUUUGGUAUAGCCAGAAUUAUUUUGGAUUUAUGUCUUACUGCAUAGAAUUAACAUUGCAUUAAAACUCAAAUGCAUAGAAUGUUGUCCGUUAAGAAACUUUAUUUAUUAAAAUAACUUGCAUAUUAAAUUAUAAUGGCACUCAAAAACAUCUGUUCUUUGCUUUGCUGCAUCCAUGUAACAGUUAUCACGUACAUGUAUAUACAUGAAGGCACUUCAUGUAUCUUAAUUUGCUGUAUACAUAUUUCAUUUGCUUUAUUGUUUUUUGUUAUGAAUUGUUAAUGUUGCAUUAUAAACCAGCAUUAAGAUGACACGAAUCAAAGUAAA